AGUUUGCAAAGGCGAAGUGGUACGAGUACAAGAGACCCACUUUCAUGUCAAGUGUUUCACCUGCACCGAAUCUCUCAUCAGCUCUCUUAGGGUUAAAAGCUGAAGGCCUCAGUCUGCUGGUAUGAAGAGACUCCACUGGGCUACCAUCUGUCUCCAUCAACUACAGCAGCCAAAUAUGAGGGAAGCCCUGCCACUCAUGCAUGCUUUCUCUCUGCUUUAGCCUUUAGCUGUCCACCCGCCUCCUCCUUCUCUUGCCCUUUCCUAUAAAAACAUCUCCGUCUAUCUUCUAUUGCCGUUUUCCUUUAGACGUGCUUGAAGCAGAGCUCAAGGGGUGGCAGCACUGUCCAGUUGGUCCAGACAUAAAUAUCCCAAAAACUACUGGAUGGUUGAACCUUACUACAUCUCUUGAUAUGAAUCAGAAGUUUAGUUAUUUACUGAAUUCACCUGAUUAAUUGUCACAAAUUUGGUAUGGAUCUACAAAUUCUUCAUAGACAAUGAAUUCAUGCUGUCAUCAGUUCACUUGUAUGCAUAUUGCUAAGUAGUGAGCUUUAGCAUGCUAAUACAUUAAAUUAAACUGCAUGCACUGUAAAAUAUGUGCAAAAGCUCAACCUGCAUUACCUGCAUAUCAACUGUACACCUCUUAAGAGUAUUGAGAUUGAAGCGCAGUGCCUCACAGAGCUGCUAGUGUGCCUUUUGUCUGUCUCCUCUUCCUGUUUGUCUGACCCCUUCUUCCAGCGCCCCACGAUUUGGCACAACUUGAGAAAACGCAUUAUUUACUCUUGAAGUGUUCCCUCCUGUCAGAGAGCCUCAGAUCCGGGGGGACAGGGAGAGGGCAGCGAGGGCCCCAUGUUGGUACCACAGAUGUGCGUCUGAAGUUCUUUCUCUAAUGAAACUUGUCACUGCCCCACUACUAAAUGUCCCUUUGCUAAACUAUCUGUGACUGCCUGUAUUUUCCUCCAAAAGGUUGGGAAAUUAGCACAAUGCUGACAGCAAUUAAAAUGUGCUGCGAGGCUACUUUACGAUACUGCAAAAGCAUGUCGAUUCACUUAAUAGCACAUUAUGAAAAUCUAAGUGUGGCGUAAUAAGCAGUGGGAAAAAGUUACAGUGACAGACAGAGCAAGGGAAGGAACACUGUAAAAAAAAAGGCGAGAUUGUGUUGAGGUACAGCUCUGUAGUGGUGAGAAGAGAGGGUGCAAAUUGAGAUAAAGCGGAGACUUUGUGCUCAGAGCCACAAAAAUUUGGAAGCAGUCUUGAAACGGAAAGUCACAGACAGAGAAGGGGAGAAAUGGGGGGGGGUUUAAGGAGGUGACGGACUAUUUUAGAGUUCCGUUUUGGGCUGACUUUCAGAAGGGAAUUUUAAUUGCGUCUGUUGGCUGGAGAUAAAUACCCAAUCAGGCAGACCCCCCGUGGAUGCCUAAUCAGUGCUGUUAUAAUGACCACAGCUGCAGACAACAGCCUACAUGUUAACCUCUAAUAAGGAGACUUAUAAUCUCUAGAUGCUUCCUGCAUGGCCCCAGAAUGAAAUACAUCAAGAAGACAAGCGUCAUCCUUUGGUUUCCCUCAUUAGCAUGCCAUUCAGGGAGAGAGCAUAAAACAAGCAAAUAAAUGAAAUUAAGUGUUUGAUCUAAUUUGGUUCUGCAAAGCUCGUCUUUAUUUAGGCAUUUAAAUGACAAUAAAUCUCCACGUCUCCACGGAAUAAUACACAUUUCUUACACAAACAAACAAAACAGUCUUUUUAUUGCCUUUUGAGUUGUGCACAUCGAUGUGGGAUGUGCACAGUAAAAAUCCUCACGGUCUAUUCAGAGGAUAUUAAAGCAGACCAGAAAAGUUUUCAGUCAGUUGUGCUGGGCUCUUGUUUUUAUGGGUGUGUGCCCGCACCCAUGUGGUGCUGGUUGUGUGGCUCUAACCAAAAUCUUUCUUCUUAAAGCCAAACUGGGCCACAACUGUGCAGCAGCAGCAGAGACACCGGAUUCAGUCCCAACUCCACCCACUGUGCUGGCACCUAAAAUUCUGAGGGAUGAGCUUAGAAAAUAUGCUUGAUGGUCACAGUUGAAUUGGGAGUACUUGGAAAGUAGAAGGACUCCUUCUGAGUAGGCUUGUAAAAGUGGAAAGCUUUUUAGGAAAGUGUUAUGAAUGGCACUUUUUUUUUUCAAAUAUCUAAAAAGUGUAAUUUUCUUUUGGUUACUCACUCAGGUGCACAUUACAAAGUGAUUACCCUGUUAAAGCAAACAAGCAAUACUUGUAGUUUGAUCUGAUGUAAUGAUUGAUUCGUAGUAAUAGGCAUGUUUGUAGUUACAGAAAUAUUGUGGAAAGUCUUUAAAUCCAAUAAAAAGAGUAGCUGCAGGUUAAUAAGCUACAAAAAUUCUCAUUUCAUCAUUAAUGUCUGCUAAAGGUUGUUUGUUUAGGUUAGAACUAUAUAAAUCAGAACAUGGUAUAAUCCUUUAUGUCACAAUUACAGUAACAGAGAACCUGGCUACAGAUCAUCAGAUUAUGAAAGACGAGGUUUGGUAUUUACAGCUUCCCGUUCAACUAAAGCUUCUCCGAAUGAGUUACCACCAGUACCACCACCACCUCAUCACUCAAACUGGGACCUAGCUGUCUCUAGGGCAACCGUGGAAGGUUUAUAUCCUCCUGGCAACUGGGUAAGGGGGGAAGUCCUUUGCAAUGCAACCGGCUUAUCGCCUGAAGAAAACAGCGCGAUAAGCCAACAGGUGAACCACACAUCUCUCCCGUCCAAUCCAGGCUGAGCUGAUCAGUUCAGCUGGCUGUGGUUCGAGCCAGCAUCCAUAUGCUUAUAUAUACAGUGCAUUAGGCUAAUUGAGCAGAUUUCACUUAUUUAGAAAUCAAUCUGGGCCAAGACUGAAAAGCAAAUCAUUUUGAGAACGAGGGUGGAGAGACUGAGGAAAAGGAAAAGAGAGAGGCAAGCGAGAACCAGACGAAAUGAAUCCAGUCAUUGACUUCAAUUUAGUUUGAGAAGAUGAAAACAUUGUUUUUAUUGAGUGAUUGGCAUUUCAAGACACAAUGAUUUUUUUUUCCAUGGUGAAAACAUUAAUAGAUGUGGAAAUAUUUACCCUCUCAUUCCCUUUUUUCCGUAAAGGAACUGGAUAGCCUGUGAUUUGGGUUUCUGGUAAGAGCCUUAGUAAGUCUGGCUCAAAAUGCAGUCGAGGCACUUUUUGAAGCUAUGUGCCAUUGUUCAGUGGUUCUGGAAAUGUGGUUGGCGCAGGCACACACACACAUUUAUAUAAACAAGCUAUUUUAUAUCUGAGAGCUGUGGAUCUCCUUAUGGAUCUUCUUAUGCUCCUCUACUGCAAAUCUGCACCCACUUUGCCUCAAUGCCAAUGACCUGUCAAAAUGAUAAAGAUCUACUGCGAUCGCAUCUCAGUGUGCACGCUGUCCAGUUCUGUCAUGCUAUCUCUGCAUACGCAGUGUGCCACCUCAUCGGGGAUGGAUUUAUGUGUCUCCAUCCUCCUGAGGGAGAUUGUUUUGUUUUUAAGUGAGGGCCCAUUGAUCUUUUAUUACACCAUUAAGUCAAUGUGCUCCACUCAUAAACAGCUUGAGAUUAAAUGAGCCCCUUUGAAGGGUUUAUGUGUAUGUCUGCAUGUCUGUGAACUCUCAGCCUGCCAACAAAAAUUGAAAACUGGGCGGCUGUAGGGAGCCAAGUACUGCCUAGAGCAGUCUGUAGUAUGUGGCCAGUAUAAAUCCAUUUUACAUCAGUAAGUUAUUGGUAUUGAAGGUGAUUCAUUCCAUCGUAAGAAGAGUGAUGCCUUGGUAAAUGAAGAUAUUUAUUUACUGUGGCAGUCAUUUAGCAGCAGUUAACCUGAUGCUGUUAACCUACUGAUUUUCCCUAAAGCUUAUAUUUCCUUUACAUAUGAUGAUGAUAGUCAGUGGUUUGGCUUCAGUGUAGAAACACAGGAGAGUUUCUCAUGCAUCCAGAGUUUCACAAAAUAACAUCAUGGCAUUCAUAUUUCAAUGUAUUAUUAUUUUUUUCACAGUUAUUGAGGUCAGGGUCGUGGUGGGAGGCUGUAGCUUAUUCCAGCUGUCAUAGGACAAAGGGUACAUCUUGGGUAGGCCACCGCUCCAUCAUCGGCUGAUUAAAACAUCUGAGUGAAAAUUAAACACACACAGAAACACACACACUGGAGUUCAAAUUUAGAAACAUGGGAGGCAAAUGCUGGAUGUGUUUCUAACUCACUGACCAUUGCUUGCAAGACCUCCUGCUUCACCAGGGACAUGUGAUGUAUUUCUGCACAGAAUCCGCUCUGGUCCAACAACACCACAAGUUCACCUGUCUUUUGGAGGUCAUUUAUGCAAGAGUCUCUGUGUUCAGCAGGUGAUGUUUCCACAUGGAACAAGCACCAUAACAAUAUCAUGUCAAAAAGAGUUUAUUAAUACUUACCAGCUCAGACCUACUGCUUAUGGUGUUGAUAUAGUUUUUAAUACAUAAUUUCCUGACAUCAUAAACACUGAAUAUUCUGUCUAGGUGUAGUGAUAAUUUAACAGUCACUUAACGUCCUGGAGGAUGGGCUUUGUUUAUUUUCUAACUGCUGCUACAUGUUAUUAGCUACUUUCACGGGACUCUAUGCACUCCUGUGAAAAUUAACUACACGUCAUGAUUUAGUAUCUUGUAGAACCACUUUUAGCACUUGGAAUAAUUGUUGUUUUGGAGGAAUUUUGGCCCCCUCUUCUUCACAACAAUGCUUCAGUUCAUUGAGGUUUGCAGUUGUUUGUUUAUGCACCACAGCAUUGAGGUCUAGACUUUGACUGUGCCACUGCAGCACCUUGUUUCUUUCAUUUUCAGGUGGUCUGUUGUAGAUUUUCUGCUGUGCUUGGGAAUCACUGUCCUGUUGCAUGAUCCAGUUUCAGUAAAGCUUCAGCUAUAGGACAGAUGGCCUCACAUUUGAGUCUAGAAUACUUUGGCAUAAAGAGGAGUUCAUGAUUAGCUCAGUAACGGCUGUGUGCCCAGGUCCUAAUUGUACUGUCAUGAAACUUAAGAUCUAAAAUGCUAACUGAGGUCUGUAAAGUCUGAGAUGUAGCGCUUUUGUUUUUUCCAGUUCCACUGAGCAUUGCAAAGUCUGACCUCUCGAUGAAUUUUCUAGGGAUGUUUGUUUUUAAUAAUCUUCCUGGGAAGAUUUAGGGAUUGUGUUAAGACACAUCUGAAUGCUCCUAAACAGCAAACUGUCACAACUUCUGGUUUCAUAGAGGAGGUCACACUUGAUGAUGAUCACCUAUUCAAGUGCAUAUAGAAGAAAUCUGGUGAUACUUAACCUCUUGAGGCCUGUAGAAGCAGUAAUGGUUUACUUAGUUUUUCCGUUGUGCACAGAACUGCAUAAAGUCCUCUUCCACUUUCUUUUUCACAUGACUGUAAAGGUCUAAGAUAUAGAAAAACACAGAUUGUACACUGAGUCUCUGAGUCAGAAAUAAUCAAUUGUUAUGAAUAAUGAAUUAAGUUACCACUCCUUUGCCAUGUGCAUAUAAGCACACAACUCACUUGCUUUGGGGAUACACAUAUGGAUUCUGUAAGGGAGCCCAUAAAGCAGCAAGGAAAGACUUCUACAAACAGCCUGAAGCAUGAAAUUCAACUAGAAUUAAAUUAUGGUUUGUGACAUUACCAACCUUAAACAUGCAAACUGACGUUUUGAGUUCAGUCUGAUGUGUAUGGACAUGUGUUCACACUGAAAUGUGGGGGAAAAAAAACAUCAGGUUUCGAUUCAGAUUUGUUAUGAAUGUAGAAAAAAGACCCCUAUUUGAUAUUAGACCAAUGUUUAGUGAGAAUUGUUUAGAUACGAAUGAUGACUGGCUCCAUCUGAAGCUUUGCCAUCUGAACUGUUACAGUGGUUGCUGCUAUGUUACAUGAUAAUUGUAUACUAUACAGAAGUCUAAUUACAGUGCCCGUGUCAGCAAAUGAGUAAUUACUGGGUCAAAGCUAUAAUGCCGAAAGAGAGGGUGAAGUUCAGCAUUGGCAAAGGUUUAAAUACUCUUUAUGUUGGUUUCAAGAAUUUCUCAUUUGGCUAAAACAAUAAAAAAAAACCAAAAUGUUUAUACAAGAACCUCUCUAAUGACCUUUAUUAGUGCAAUAAGUAUCAGGUAAUAAUAGUUUUUUCAGUCAGAGGUUCCAGUAAUUGUCAGCCUUUCCUGUUGGUUAACUGCAUAGGAAGAAACUAGAGACCACGCCGGCCGCUGAUCUGUGAAAACGCCUCUCGGCUAUAUUGUUACACCCACUGAAAUUCCCUCUCAGUUACACAGCAAAGGGCUGUAGCACGUACUGUCUGCUUAGGAUCCACAAUAUAUAGAAACACAUACACAAACUGAGCACUUACCUUGUGCAUACACAGCAAGAAAUGUUGAUGUCUUCUCCAGUGAAAUGUAAUGAGACCGUAGUGGAUGUCCUGAUGAUGUUGGGAGCUUGUGGUUUGUUGUUUUGUCUCCUUCUUCACAUUGUUUAGCACAAAAUGACUUUUCCACUGAUUAUAUAAUUAUAUUCCCAUCACUGCAAAUUGGCUCACCACUGUCUGGAACUGAAUAACUUCCCUAGCAGCCGUGUGUGAAGACAAACAGACACACACAGCACAACCAAGCACACGUAUACACACACAAACAGGUAAAAAAGGAGGGCGCUCAGACUGAAUGAAAAACGUGCUGACUGAAAAAAACAUGUUUUGGUAGAGGAACAAAACAGAGAAAAAGAGCAGAUGACAGAUAAAGAAAAAUGUGUUCUCUUAAAGCGGAAAACCAAAAAUAGAAAUAAAAACAGACAUAUAGAAUUCUGUUUUGUAUGCCUUACUGUUUCCAAUGGCCCACUUUUCCUGUCUCUCACCAUUCUGUCCACAGUGUGUAACUGUGAUUUAGCACAAUCUGGCUUCUUCCAGAAGAAGGGCGAAUACAUCUGUACAGCAGACUAUCAGCGUUUGUAUGGUACACGCUGUGACCGCUGUGACACCUUCAUCACGGGAGAAGUGGUCUCUGCUCUGGGACGCACGUACCACCCCAAGUGCUUUGUCUGCAGUGUUUGCAGUAAACCCUUUCCAAUUGGAGACAGGGUGACGUUCAGUGGAAAGGACUGCGUGUGCCAGCAGUGCUCCCACACACUUGUCAAGUCAAAUGAACCGAUCAAGAUCCACGGGCCCAGCCACUGCGCUGGAUGUGGAGCCGAGAUCAAGCAGGGUCAGUCUCUCCUGGCACUUGACAAACAGUGGCACGUCAGCUGCUUCAGAUGUCGGACGUGCAAUAUGGUCCUCACUGGAGAGUACAUCAGCAAGGAUGGAGUGCCAUACUGUGAGGCAGAUUACCACGCCCAGUAUGGGGUGAAAUGUGAGACCUGCAGCAGAUACAUCAGUGGAAGGGUUUUGGAGGCAGGAGGGAAACACUACCAUCCAACCUGCGCUCGGUGCGCCCGCUGCAACAUGAUGUUCAAAGAGGGCGAGGAAAUGUACCUGACAGGAUGCGAGGUGUGGCACCCGUUAUGCAAGCAAGCGGCAAGAGCAGAGAGGAGACUCAGGCACAGACGCCUGUCCGAGGCCUCCAUCUCUCCCCCGGGCUCCUCAAUAGGCUCUCCCAGUAGAGUUAUAUGUGCCAGAGUGGAGAAUGAGAUCCUAGAUUAUAAGGACCUAGCUGCCCUGCCAAAGGUCAAAGCCAUAUAUGAGGUCCAACAGCCAGACCUCAUAUCCUCCUCAUACCAGCCGUACCACAGAUACAUCUCUGAUGACAGACUAGACACUUACAGCUAUGGGGAGUCACUUGGGACUCUCUCUCCCUAUUCUCAGGACUAUGACAGCCUAGAUAUAAAGCAAAGGCGGUGCUCCAGUCCCGGCUACAUCGACUCACCAACUUAUAGUCGCCAAGGCAUGUCACCCAUCAUGCCUCGCUCUCCACAGCACUAUGGCUACCCUGGCUCUGAGAGUGGCAGGAGUUCACCUUAUUAUAGCCAAGACGGGCGACCAAGCACACCCACCACAAACCAGCCCCCUAAACAUUUUCAUGUACCAGCCACAGGGGAUCCCAACAUCUACAGGAAGCCUCCCAUCUAUAAGAGAACGGACAAUCCUGUGGAUGCAGCCACCAAAAGCAGGACCAGUGAGGACAUCCUCAGAUCCUCCAGACUGUCUACCUACUCUCCAGAGCCAUACAGCCAGUCAGAGUCUGACUACUACCCCUACAGCAGCUCCCCCAGGGCCUAUCGGGCGCCGAGAAGACGCUUCUCCACGGGAGGAGAUGAAGAGACUUGGAGUCACGGUCUUCAAAGAAUUGGGAGUGGCAUCGGGAGGAUGAUUCUAAAGGAGGAGAUGAAAGCCAGAUCUGGUUCCUAUGACAACGACCCCUGGGGCAGCGCGAGGAAUUCUCGUAGCGGGAGCAAGGAAACACUGAACACAACAAGCUAUGGCACCACGGCGUACAACAACACCAUCAAUGGCUCUCCUCGGUCACAGUACAGCACCGAUAGCGAUUUUGUUUGUAAGUCAGCUUCACUACCGGGAUAUGGCCGCAACGGCAUCCAGCGGCCUCAGAGUGCAGAUUGCUACCAGUACCAAUAUGACAGUGGCAGCGAGGUCAACUGGGGAAGCAGAGCAGAACACAAAAUUUACCCCUAUGAGUCGCUCAUCGUCACCACCAGAGGGCGCAACCGGCUGCCCAAAGAUGUAGACAGAGCCAGACUGGAACGCCACCUGUCCCCAGAGGAGUUUGUCCAAGUGUUCGGUAUGACCGUGGAAGAGUUUGACCGGCUGGCUCUGUGGAAGAGAAAUGAUCUGAAAAAACAGGCGCGACUGUUUUAAUAACAUACAGACGUGUGUUGAAUACUGCCAUAGAGUCGGAGACGGACUAACUGUAGGAGGGGACGGAUAGAAACGAAGACUCCUACACAGUUACACUGCCAUGCCCGAGAAACCUGUUCUACAUCCCCUCACGUGAUAAACCAAAUUCUGGUCCCACCAGAUGGACUCCUGGGAUACCGAGAGAAAUUAUGCACGCUGGACUGAUAAACUUGUGUGCAACUUAUGUGGGGUGCAAGCAAUAGAGACUGUCAUACAGUAGUGUUUUGCUUUUGUUAAGCCUAAAGGAUGAAGGAUGGCGUGACCGUUAGUGACCAGAGCUGCAGUAGUAAAACAUAAUGAGGAGAAUUUUGGCUUUGCCUUAUUUGUUACGCUCUCUUAGGUAUGACUGUGCAGCACCAGCAAUCUGAAUGAGUAGAAUGUAGGUAUAGCAUAUCAUUUAUGACACUUUAUCAGUGAGAAUGACUAGAUGAAAAAGAGUGUGAGCCUGCGAGCAUCGCUUUGCUUUUUUUUCUCUCUCUUUUUUUUUUGGCUUAGGGAUGCAUUUUGUUUACCUGUGCCCCUGUUUUCUUGCUCUCUCACAGAAACUAAGAGACCUGUAGUUUACAACAAUUGAUUUAGAUAUGAAAACCAAAUUGAGAACGCAAAUGUACAAUUUAUCAGAUCACUCUGGUUAAACUUGUCAAAGAUCACCAAUAGAUUCAUCUCACUGUGCAGCUGUGCGAUAACCUAAAAGAAUGUGCAAUCACGGCGGUUCUGUCCUUCUGCUUUUCUACCCGUUGCAAUAGAACAAUGACUAAAUGUUUUAGGAUGAGAGUUGUAGUCAUCCAUUUGCAUUUGCUUUUUAUUUAUAUACUUUUAGAAUGGUAAUCUAAUAAUUUUGUAGCUCCAGAGAUUAUAUCACUCACAGAUAAAACACUCUGCAAAGGAUUUAACGUGCCGACAAAGAUCCAGGGUUGUUGAAGACUUUGAAUACUGUUAUUUUUGAUUUUUGUCACUAAAAUUAAACUUCAAAUCAAAACCA